UUUGAGUUGGGCGGUGGCACCAUGUCAGCUUGUGCAACCGUCUUACAGAAUGUUUUUCUCUCGAAGAAGUCAAAUGUGAUGAUAGUGACAUUUGGAAUUGAAAAAACAGACAAAAUAAAAAUAAAAAAAGAAAAGAAAAGAAAUUUGGCAAAAAUCCAUCAGAAGUAAACGGAAAAGCCGCGAUUGAGAGACGCUGAGCUCAUAAGCAAAACCCGUUGGUCUUCGUCUUCGUCUUCGUCUUCGUCUCCAUCUCCAUCUCCAUCUUGUUCCUUCUUUCUUUAAUAUUAUGGAAGAAAAUUAUAAAGCUUCUCCACUGAAGCUCUACUCCUACUGGAUGAGCUCAUGCUCUUUCCGUGUCCGACUUGCCCUCAACUUGAAAGGCCUCGACUACGAAUAUAUACCACUUGUGGAAGGACAGCAAUAUACUCCCGAGUUUAUGAAACUCAAUCCAAUUAGUUAUGUCCCGGUGCUGGUGGAUGGGGAGCUAGUUAUUGCUGACUCUUUGGCCAUAAUAUUGUAUUUGAAUGAGAAGUACCCACAUCAGCAUCCACUGUUGCCUACUGAUCUUCAUAAAAAAGCCAUCAAUUAUCAGGCUGCAAGUAUUGUUCACUCCAGCAUACAGCCUCAUCAAAAUCAAGCAAGAUACAUUGAAAAAGAAUUUGGUCCAGAUCAGAAACUUCCUUGGCUAAGAUAUCAUAUUGGAAAAGGCUUUGCAGCACUUGAAAAGCUGCUCAAAGAUUAUGCUGGAAGAUAUGCAACUGGGGAUGAAGUGCACCUGGCAGACAUAUUCCUAGCACCCCAGCUAUAUGCAGCGACCAAAAGAUUCAAUAUUGAUAUGAUUGUUUUGGAUGCAAGGCUUUGGAAACUUUUCUAACAUGGCAACAGCAUUGCAGGAUCAGUUCCCUCUUUUGUCCAGGUUGGAUGAGGCAUAUAGCCAGCUACCAGCAUUCCAAGUUGCUAUUCCAGAAAAGCAGCCCGAUGCUCCGUCCUCAAGAACUAGUUAAACAAAUGGAUUGACAAUGUGUAUUGAAAAUGCUGCAGAUACAUAAAUCUCCUUUGAAAAAAAAUUCCAAAUUAUAAGCUUCUAAGAAAAUUUUAUGUUUCUUUAUGCUUACAUAAUUGUGUUUAAUACCGAUGAAUAUUCAUCUGAAGUACCUUCUUUUUUGAUAUUGAUUGGUCUCAAAUGGCUGAUAGAACCAUUGUUUCUAUUCUUCCGAAA